UCUUGCUGCUAACGUAACGUAACUGUAACACAAAAAUAUAUAUAUAUUUUAUAGUAAACUCCAAAUAAUGUAUUCUCCAAGAAUGUCAUGGAAAACAUGUUGACGACUGGACCCCAGGCAGUCCAUUUAUGACAAGUGUUCCAGUAAAUACUCUCCAGUCUGCACCUCUGAUGAAGUGUCAUCCCAGGUUCUGUUGAUGCCCAGGCAAGAUCGUUAGAUAGCACGCCCCACAAGCCAACUACCCCAACAGAGGGGUCAUAGUUCAAAAGCAGGUUUUAAACAACCACUACGGUUGAUCCCAAGAACGGACAUCCACUUUUGAGAAUGGACACCCUCUUUAAACUCCAGCGAGAAGGUCAGCAAUCAUUCGCAGCUCUCUUCACACAUGCACUGACAUGAGAGGCAUGAUUUAAGCAGUACUGUAGUAAACGCUGCUACUUCCUGAGCUCAGAGGCAGUGCUGCUGCCCAACAUGAAGUGAGUGAUUGAUCUGGCACUGCAGCUGACAGACGCUUGAAUGGAAAAGCCACUAAUUGGAUGAGCUUUUUACAUUUACAGUAUUGUGUUCUGUGAGACACUGAAAGUCCAUCUCAACUUCCAGGUUCCUUCAUUACCAUUUUUGGGGCUCAGUGCUUGACACUAAGUUCUCAGGCACUAUGAAUGGCUUUUUCUGCUUCUGACGGAUAUUUCCAAGAAAAAGGACUUAGCACCUGAAGUCUUGUGCUGUCUCAAUACAGCAUGGGGUUAGAUGUAAGACUUGAAGUCAGCAUGUCUUUGAAAUGUGGGCAUCUCUUCACACUCUUCUUCUUUAUACUAUCCGUCACAGGAACUCAAGACAGAAGCAGGCUCAAUCCAUUGGAGACUUUUCACACUAGCAGCCUAACAAACUUGCCAAACCCACCAAAGCAGAAUUCUGGGGUCAGAACUAUAUUUGAAAUGGAAAAGCAUCGUGUCAAGAGGUCAGACUUUUUCCACUCAGAAGUGAAAGUAUGUCCACAGGAGACAAUGCGAGAGGUCAUAGCAAGCCAUCAAACAUUCUACACACUGAGAGUUUGCCAGGAGGCUGUAUGGGAGGCUUUCCGGAUCUUUUUGGACAGAAUUCCCAGCAGCUCAGAGUACCAGAAAUGGGUCCACACAUGCCAGCACAACUCCCUGUGCAUCUCAGAUCUCGCCUUGAAUUUCAGCCAUUCACAGGAACACAGAGACAUGGUCUACAGGAGGUUGAAUAUGAAUAGUGGAAAAUUUGAACGAAAUAUAAGUGAAGCAACCGAUGAAGCACAAGACAUGGAAGGUUCAGAGGAAGUCCUGACUGAAGCAGCAGUAAAUGAAUUUGUUCCCACAGCUGAAUCUACUACUGUCAGCACUACAACAGACACCUCUACUGCCUCACAGGAGUUGGAUCUUCAUAAUGUGGUUCCAGAGCAGCCAGAACAUCAUGUCAUAGAGUUCAGCGUUACUCUGGUGGACUAUGGGUAUCAAGAGAUACUGAGAGAUGCUGAUUCACCUCAGUUUCAUGACCUGUCACAGCAUCUUCAAGAUCAGAUGCAACAUGUUUUUAAAGACCUACCUGGAUUUAUGGAUGUCCACGUGUUAAAAAUUAGCGAGGCGGAAGAGCCUGAAAGGGCUGGAGGAAUAUCUGCUGUCUACUCAGCUGUUUUUGAGACUAUUGUACCUACCCUUGCUGAUGAAAGUCUUGGCACAGAUGUUUCAUCUACAGGACCACAUCUGAAGGACAUGAUAGUUAAAGCACUGAGCAAAAAGACCUCUCUCCUUGAUCUUAAUUCACUGACAUUUGAAACAGGCAAAGACCAGCCCUCAACCAGAAUGCCAGUCACUGAGGUUUCUGAACACAUAACUGAGUCCUCUGAUCAAGGUUCAUAUGGUGACAUCCAUUUUCCAACAAAAGGAAUCAAGGUUCAUCUUUCAUCAGAUGGUGAUGAGAAUGUUUUGGAGACCAUUUUAGACACAGAAAGCACCACAACAACAAGAUCAACAGUUGAACCUGAGAAUGAGCCAGUCAUUAUACACCAGCUUGAAACUAUUAAAGGGGAAACUGGUGAGCUCAUAACAGAAAUUUUUCAAUUUCCACCAGUAGAGGAAGCUCCUGGUGAGGAUGGUAGCAAACCAGUUGUUAUUGUUGAUAUAGACAACAGUCUGGCUCCAACAUCUUCAGCUGCUACCUCAGCAUUAUCCUCGAGUGGAGAACAGCCUAAAACUACAGAGAAACCUACACCAGAUAGUGACUUCAAACUAAACACAAUACCAGAAGAUGACAUCAUGUUUAACCCAGUAACCACCACCCACAUUUUGUUCACCACCGCAACAACCAUUAGUCCUGGGUCCAAGCAGCCAAAGUUAGCUGUCACAACCGACUUCACCAUCACCCUACAACCUUCAACUGAACCAGUUGAUCCAAUAACUGAAGUGACAGAUUCUAAUGAAAUUCCAGAGGUGCCUCACACAGGAAUGGCAGUAAAGGAGGAAGAUACCAAAGUGGUGAUGGCUGAACCAGAGGAAGAGUCUAAGUCUGAGGUUGAUUUACCCAAAGUAAAGGUUGAGACAACAGAAACUGUAGAAGUAAUUGGAUCUGAGGAAGUAACUGAAGAUACUGUUAUUUUAAAAGACCAUGUAUUACAACCUGAAGAAGUGACUAUGGUAACAAAAACUCAUACAGAGUAUAGCACAUUAGAACCUGUGAGAACAAUUGUGGUACCAGAACCAGAAGAAGAUGGGAUUGGAAAAUCAACUAAACAGGAAGUUGCAGAACAAGAGGUAAAUGUUUUAGAGGAAGAAACAGAGAUCAUUAUAGAAUCAAAAGAAGAUGUUGAGGAACAUAAAACUGACGAGGAGAUCAAAGUGAGACAAGAGGAUGAUGUUCAGGUAACUAGGAAGCCAGGAACUGAGGCAGUCCAACCUGAGGAGGAACCUCGUUUAACGGAAUUUAAAGAAGGGGAUGAGGUGGUGGAACCUGAAAGAGAAGCUGAUGUUGUAGAAUAUGAGGAAGGCAUUAAAACUGAAGAGCCUGAUGUGGACAUAGCAAGUGAAGUCCCCAAACCUACUGAAGGUUCAACAGAACCUCCUGCAGAGAUGAUUAAGAUUAAACCUCCAGAGAUUUCUGUGACAGAAAUGUACCUUGUUGAGAACAUUGACUAUUACCAACCUGAAGAAGGUGAUAAUUUGCACUUUGUGACAGAUAAUAGUGUUCAACCAGGGAUGGACAUUGGUAAACCUGAACAUGUGGAAAACUCUGGGCUUGAGGAUCAAAAAAUUGAGGAAGUUCUUGAGAUACCAGAUAUGGUUAUCGAGGACAAGACCACAGAACCAGAAGUGGCUGAUGUUCACCCAACUGUAUCAACUGCCUCAGAAUCUCUACUUGAAAUGAUCACAGAAUCAGCUUCAAAGAAAGAUGAGGAUUUACCAUCUGUUGUUGGAGAUACUGAGGAGCCACAGCUCAUGGAUAUAGAGGAAGACACUAAGACAGAGGUUGUCCUUAUAGAACAAGAAGAGGAAAAUGCAUCACUGCCCAUGGAGACAGUUGCAACUGACACACUUUUGACAACUGCACCUGCAGACAUUGAUCUUUUUGAAGUAGUUCUAACAGAUGUGCCUGUUGUUACUCCAACAUCUUUGGAAAAGGAUUAUGAUUUACCAACUGAAAAUUUACAAUCAACUGUUGUCCAGGACAUUGUAUCUAAAGAGUCAGAAAAUGACCAAGUGCUGAAUGAAAAUGAGGACCCAUAUAUUCAUUUAAAAGACCUAGCCACUGAGUUAGACCAAACAGAUGUAGCAAGUACUGAGACCAUUGACCUCUUGAGUUAUGACAAUGGAUAUUCUUUUUCAAAUGAAGGAUAUCCCUUGGAGACAACAAAAGCGCCAUCACUAACACUGCCCAUGGAGACGCUUGCAACUGAUACACUUUUGACAACUGCACCUGCUGACAUUGAUCUUUUUGAAGUAGUACUAACAGAUGUGCCAGUUGUUACUCCAACAUCUUUAGAAAAGGAUUAUGAUUUACCAACUGAAAAUUUACAAUCAACUGUUGUCCAGGACAUUGUAUCUAAAGAGUCAGAAAAUGACCAAGUACUGAAUGAAAAUGAGGACCCAUAUAUUAAUUUAAAAGACCUAGCCACUGAAUUAGACCAAACAGAUGUAGUAAGUACUGGGACCAUUGACCUCUUGAGUUAUGACAAUGGAUAUUCUUUUCCAAAUGAAGGAUAUCCCUUGGAGACAACAAAAGCACCAUCACUAACACUGCCCAUGGAGACGCUUGCAACUGAUACACUUUUGACAACUGCACCUGCUGACAUUGAUCUUUUUGAAGUAGUCCUAACAGAUGUGCCAGUUGUUACUCCAUCUUUAGAAAAGGAUUAUGAUUUACCAACUGAAAAUUUACAAUCAACUGUUGUCCAGGACAUUGUAUCUAAAGAGUCAGAAAAUGACCAAGUGCUGAAUGAAAAUGAGGACCCAUAUAUUCAUUUAAAAGACCUAGCCACUGAGUUAGACCAAACAGAUGUAGUAAGUACUGAGACCAUUGAACUCUUGAGUUAUGACAAUGGAUAUUCUUUUCCAAAUGAAGGAUAUCCCUUGGAGACAACAAAAGCACCAUCACUAACACUGCCCAUGGAGACACUUGCAAAUGAUACACUUUUGACAACUGCACCUGCUGACAUUGAUCUUUUUGAAGCAGUCCUAACAGAUGUGCCGGUUGUUACUCCAACAUCUUUGGAAAAGGAUUAUGAUUUACCAACUGAAAAUUUACAAUCAACUGUUGUCCAGGACAUUGUAUCUAAAGAGUCAGAAAAUGACCAAGUGCUGAAUGAAAAUGAGGACCCAUAUAUUCAUUUAAAAGACUUAGCCACUGAGCUAGACCAAAUAGAUGUAGUAAGUACUGAGACCAUUGACCUUUUGAGUUAUGACAAUGGAUAUUCUUUUCCAAAUGAAGGAUAUCCCUUGGAGACAACAAAAGUGCCAUCACUAACAUACUUCACAACUCCCUCUAUGACCACAGCAAACAAAGGCAAAGAACUAAUUGUGUUUUUCAGUUUGCGUGUCACAAACAUGAAGUUCUCUGAAGAUCUUUUCAAUAAGAGCUCUACAGAAUACCGAUCAUUGGAAAACAGAUUUGUUGAAUUGCUACUUCCAUAUCUACAGUCUAACCUAACAGGCUUUAAGCAGUUAGAGAUUCUAAACUUCAGAAAUGGAAGUGUGGUGGUCAACAGCAAGGUGAAAUUUGCCAAGUCUGUGCCGUACAACAUUACUCAGGCUGUCCAGUAUGUCUUGGAGGAGUUUUGUGAUGCUGCAGCCCAGCGUUUGGACAUAAAGAUUGAUAGCCAUUCACUAGACAUAGAACCAGCUGAUCAAGGUGACCCUUGCAAGUUUCUUGCCUGCAACGAGUUUUCGAAAUGCGUGGUGAACCUCUGGACAAAGGAAGCGCGAUGUUUAUGUGAGCCAGGCUACGUAACGCUGGAUGGACUGCCAUGUCAAAGCCUCUGUGUGGUCCAGCCUGAUUUCUGUCUCAAUGGAGGAGAGUGUGAGAUUAUACCAGGGCAUGGUGCCGCUUGCAGAUGUCCUGUAGGUAAAUUCUGGCAAUUUAUCGGGGAGAGAUGUGCAGAGCUGGUCUCCGUGCCACUAGACCCCUUUCUUUCCCUAGUGUGCCUCGUGGGGGUGCUCACCUUUCUUUAUGCCAUCAUUUCUCUCUUGUUAUCUAUGUGCAGGAAAUGUGUACGGACCAGAAAGAAACUAACUCUAGUAGGCCGAGAUAAGACCACCAUACCAGGCCUGACGAGUUAAUCAGAUGAUUUCCACAUUACAAUACUGUCACUGAGAGAUGGGACCCAUAUGUUAUGCUGUCUUCCAAUGGUGCUUGUCCAGCCAUUAAAAGAGGUUUAAAAAGACUUCGUAUGAUUCAACUCAUGAAGAUUGUAGAAUGACUGGCCAAACAUCCUGAACAGAUGGAUAGCCAAGUAUAAUUGCUAUUGUUUAAUGUUACCUGUCGUUCUCAUGAGAACGUAAAGAAAUGCACUGGAUUUCAGGUAGAAUGUUUUCACAAGGGAGAAAUGAUUAAGGGUUUCCUCACAAUGAGGAAAUGUUUCUUGUUUGAUCAUAAAGAAUACACUGUUAAAAUGUUCUCAUAGUUGGGAACAUAAUUGUUUUGGUGUAUAAUAAUUAUAUAUUGUCUUACAUACAUAGUGAAUACGUAUUUGCGUAUUUGUUUUUUUUUUUUUUUUUUUUUUUUGUGUGUGUAUUUUAGAAUGGUUAUCUUGGGAAAAAGAGAACUUUGUUGCAAACAUUCUUUGAUUGAAUGUAGUAUAUAGCACCAAACG